AGAUGCACAAAUUUCUACUAGACAAUCGAAAUGAUGAAAAUAGAGCUUUUCUUCAUUUCCGUGAGGUUUUGUUGCCACUUUGACUAAAAAUAUAUGGAACAAGAUUUGCGGGCUUUAUUAUCUGAAUGUAUUGUGCUUCUUAGACAGCAAAUAAGUCUGUAUGGGUUCUCCCGAUGCAUAACGUUGACAAGGUCAUUUCAACAUUUUAAGCCUUUGUUUUCGGUAUUUAUUACGACGUACAACAAUUUGGAGGAGUAUGUACUUCUACAGAAAUCUAACCGGACACAGCGGGAGCUUAAUUUUAUCGAGAUUCACCUAAUAAAAGUAUCGCAUGGUUUUACUAGCAAGCUGCCAUUCAACUCGGGCAUAAACAAAUAUUACUAAUUCACGCCGAACGAAAUUUUCAUAAUUGCUCCUUUAUUAGAAUAAACUGACUCCCUACAUUUCCUCUAUCAAUUUGAUAACUCCGCUUUUUCCAGUUCCGUUACAUCUCCUUUUUAUAAUUUCUUGCGAGGUCCUACUUGUUUUCAUGUAUAUUCCACAAGGAAAUUUCCAGUUUCCGGAAAAAAAACAGCUCAUUGUGUGUCUCGUGACACAUGCACCUAGACUUUGUUUUGAAUUUACAGUAAGACGUCUGAACAAAUCGAUCUUCUGGAUUUAGAGCCUUAUACGGAAGAAGCCUACCUCCCACGAGAUGGGAUUGUGCGGAAAACAGUAUUUGUUUGGUGAUUAGUUUGUAGUGUCUACAAAUAAUCACAGUUACAUUUUUAAACACUGAGCCAAUGAGGGUAUAAUCAAAUCACAGCUCAAGACAAACGUUGUUAAAGCAAGCAGUACAUAGCUGAUCUCUUCAACUGUCUUUAGCACUCUCCUCCGAUCGCACGGCUGUUUGAAUCAAGCUACAAAAAGUUACUGAAUUAAUUUCCGUUUUCCUUUCAUCACUGUUUUCAUUCCACGCGGAGAACUAAGAUGAAUAAAAGACAUGUUAAUUGUGUAUGGCUUGUGACGUCAAACUUAACUUCAGCGACCUGUCAGAUGAAAGGCAUUUUCAAGUUUGACGAGUUGGCGAAUCGUUUUGUUCAGAAGUAAGAGGGUUUUCCCUCAUGGCCGUUGCUGAGCCACCGUUUCUCACUUGAUCAACAAAGUACAUUUCACUCCAGUGGCAAGUAACUUGGUUGAUGCCUGCCAUCGUUUUUCAGAAUCGACGAAGUCUUUAAAAUAUGGAUACCUUCGGGCUUGCGCUUCUUUUUUUCACCGUGGGCCUACAUUGUUUCGCUUGGUGCGAUUUAAAUGCAUCAAGCAAACAGAACACUGUUGACGUUACUUUGGAAUCCUUUGCGCGCCAAAACAGAGGCAGACGAUUUCUCCAGAUGACCGAGGAAGGGAACAACAGAUUCAGUCUGUCAUUCACUGGACGGCAGGGUGAACUGGGUACAAAAUUUAUCUGGAGGAAGAAACGUACAGUCUCUAACGUGGAAUUCACUUUACACUCGGCUGGAAUUCCAAACUACAUCCUGUGUGCGGAUGAUGGAAAGUUAGUGAUUAAGAAUUCAUCAAGGGCGGAUGUGGUUGAGGAUAACUGCAAGUUGGAGAAGAGAAAGGUCACACUACAAUACAGCGACAACUCAAAUGUCAUUGAAGAAUUUUAUGAAAUACUGGUGUUUCAGUCCAGGCCUCGCGCGGUAGUCAAAACCAGCAGAUCCGGGAAAGUGAGUUUGGACAAGUGGAAGAACUGGAAAGACUCGCAAGCCUGGAUCAGCAUUACAGAUUCCCCGGGAAGAGGAAUACCAUAUCAAAAGGUCGGAGAUGCUCGUCGGAAAAUUUGAAUUAAACCCCUACAGGAGAACAAUCUGGGCGCGCGCGGUUCGAGCUUUAUUUAACUCCUUGAAGGCCCUAAAAGGUGCCACUUAAAACGGAACGGGUUCGAUCGCCAGCCACUGUUCAGGCAGGGAAAGACCGCCGGAAAUCGAGCCUCAAAACGGAAAAAAAGACCGUUUUAAUUAUUAUUUUUUCUAGUGCGCCCUUAAGAUACUUUGAGAGCUAAAAGUAGUGGCGUUUCGUGAUAAAUACCCUUAGUGAGACCAGAAUCCUUGAUUUAUCCUUCUAAACGAGACGACGAGCUUCCCCGACCUUUUUAUAUGGGAGUUUCCACCACCCCCCCCCCCUACCCCUGGGACAAUUUCUCUAUUAAAAAUGGCGCAACAGUGAAUCGCGUGACGUGCGCAGUUAUAAACAUCAUCGGUGACGCAGCAUUCUUUCAAUUCCUUGUAACAAUUUGUUUGAAUGGUGACGGUAAGGAGUGGCCGAGUGGUUAAUGCGCUGGACUUGAAAUCCGGAGGUUGCGAGUCCAAGUCCCGCUCUGACCACUAAGUUGAACUUGUUACUAGGUAGACCCUAGUUCAACUAAUCGGUCAUGCCUGUAAGUAGCCAACUGGUGUGCCUCCCGCCAGCGAUUUUUAAGCCUGUUAUGUUCAGUUGAUAUAUUUGUUUCAUUCAGUUUAAGUAGCAUGCUUGUGAACUAGCGAGGUGUAGCUAAUCGCAUUGACCACUGUAAAUGACAACAUUUGAACACUUCUUUUUUUGGUAAGGUCAUAUGAGGGUAAUUCUUGAUCGUUUCGGAGGUUGGACUUUUAUUGGUACUGUAACUGCGCUUUUUAGAGCGGUUUUCAAUUGAGUGUCGUAAAACCAAAACCAAAGUUAUCACUCUAGCCAAUUACAAAGGACAUAGACAGUACAGCGAACCAGUCAAACUCGAAGUAAUUACAUGAAGCUGACACAAAGCGCGGGAAAACGUGUGCG